CAAUUGAGAAAGAUGUCCAUUCAAGAACUACCCCUGAUGUUUCUUCUGUUGUGUGCCUGCUUAUUGAAGGAAAAUUCCUGCAUUUGUGAUGGGACUACCUGGGCUAAGGUUGGAUGGGAGAUAUUUCCUGAAGAAAUGCUUUAUCUAAAAGUUGAACCUUCUCCAUCUCACUGUCUACCUUACCCUAUGGACAAACUAUGGUGCAAUUUUAUUAAUAUGGAUGUAAUUGCGAGUCUUGUAUAUCUCAUAUGUAUUUUAGGACAAGCUAUCUCUCUAAUCCUGCUUGCUUUAUCUGUGCAUUACCUGUGGAUGAAGUGGAAGAGACACAAGAAAGAGCUGAAAAAACAAGCCUCCAUAGACACAGUCAGUAAUGAACCGGAAAGCCAGUCCAUCAAUGACAUAGACAAACUACUCUUCAAACUGUUGGCCACGACAUCCAUGAUGAGUGAGUACCUGGACCGGAAGGCCCAGCGUCCUUCGUCUAAGAAAUUCAAGCACGGAAAGCUCAAGUACAAGAACCGCGGAGGAACCAGAGAACACCAAAAACAUGUGAAUGUGGUUCUGUCCAAAAUGGAGACGACGCAAAGCGCCUAGAAGAGAACGCUUAUAAGGUUCAAAAUGGUUCUCUGUGAGCCUUUCUCAUUUUUUUGCCACAUUCUUUACUGAAAUUUUGCAAAGAAGUCCAAGUUAAAGAUAUUUCUAUUCAGCUGAAAAGGCAU